GAGCCUUUUACUGACCCGCGGGCGUGGCUUCUGUGACACUGGUAGAAGGGCGGAACUGUGGCCCCUGAGUUUAAUUUAAAGCAUCCUGGGAUGACCAAGAUCCUCUGCACAAGUCAGCAGCUUCACUUCCAGCGGACUCAGUCGUGUCAUCCUCCAUCCUUCAGCAGGUCUGGGCAGCUGCAGCCAGCAUGUCAAACUCGGACAGGGUUGUGUUAGCUCUAGGAGGAGCGGGGACAGUGGGCUCUGGGAUAGUUAAAGCACUGCUGGACAAAGGUUUCAAAGUUGCAGUGAUCUCCAGGGACAGCAGCCGGCUGGAGAGACUGCGAUCAUUCGUCUCUUCCACCACAAAGGAUAACCUCACCACUAUUGUGGGGAAUGUGGGGUCAGAGGAGGGAGCAGAGCAGGCAAAGCAGGCCCUGCUGAAGGCGGUGGGGAAGGUGACGGACAUCGUCUCCUCUCUGGGCUUCAGCUGGUGGCAGGGGGGACCACCACACACCCAGACUCUCAAAGACCUACACUGGGUAAUUGAGACACUACUCUUCAGCACAUUUGUGUCAUGGAAGGCCUUCUUCCCCUUGGUGAGGGACGACUCCAGCUGCACCUACACCUUCAUAACAGGAGGAGCAGGCGAGAAGCUGCUGAUGCCUGGUACAGGCUUCCUGACAGUAGGAGCUGCCAGCACUCUGGCCUUCUGCCAGGUACUACGAGAGGAGUACCCCGAGGUGCCCUGCAAACUCAACCAGGUGAAGAUCAACACAGGUGUAGGCACUCCAGAGCGCAUGGCACCUGGUUACCUGAACCACCUGGACCUGGGCGAGGCUGUUUCCACCCUUGUGGAGAAACGAAACACCUCCCACACCGUCUUCACCGUCAACUGCCCUGCAGACUUAAAAACUGUCCUUCUGGAGAGGAACCUUUAGACUUGGAAAACCGUCCUCCAGCCCUACCUUGUUGUCACAGGGACACAUCUAUACUUCUUCUGCACCCACUCUUACCGAUCACUGCAGAAACACAUUUACAGUGUCUUUGGUUCAUUUCUUUUCUUCUCCCACAAGUCUGAACCCCAUCCAUGCACAGCUUUAUGUGAGUUGGCUGUUGUUUCAACAAAUACUGUAUAUUCUGCUGCCUAUUCUCUGAUUGUUAGCAACUGUAUACCCUGCAUGUGCUGUUGUGUGAUAUGCCUGUAAAAAACACAGAGGAUUUGUAAUACUCACCUUCUCAUUGUUGCCUACUUCUGUACAAAUAUUAUCACACAGUUAUGUUCUGUCUUCAUCGUUGGAAGACCUGAUAUCUAAUAUAACACCACCGUUGUCCAUGGAUCUGCUAAAUAUAGUUGGUAUAAAGCUAAACCUCUUAAGGCCAAACCAUUGGACUGAGCAAGAAAAGACAACUUCAUAAGGUACCUUUAACAUCUUGACCUAAAGUUUAAAAGUACAUCAUGGUUGAAGAGUAGAGGUACUACAGCUCUUACCUUUGACCAACGAGUUGAGAUAUUUAGGACCUGAUAGGGAAUGUUAUAUACCAAUCAGCCAUAACAUUCUGCCCACUGACAUGUGAAUCUGGUUAUCAUGGCACCUGUCAGUGGGUGGGAUAUAUUAGGCAGCAAGUGAACAUUUUGCGUGAGGAUAGGAGCGACUUUGACAAGGGCCACAUUGUGAUGGCUAGAUGACUGGGUCAGAGCAUCUCCAAACCUGCAGCUCUUGUGGGGUGUUCCCAGUCUCCAGUGGUCAGUACCUCAAAAGUUCUCCAAGAAAGGUAAAGCGGUGAACCGGAGACAAGGUCCAGGCUCAUUGAUGUACGUGGGGAGUGAAGGCUGGCCCGUGUGGUCCGAUCCAACAGACGAGCUACUGUAGCUCAAACUGCUGAAACAGUUAAUGCUGGUUCUGAUAGCAAGGUGUCAGAACACACAGUGCAUCAGUUUGUUGUUAUGGGGCUGCAUAACAUUCUGACCACUUGGGUCAGAAUGUUAACCAAGUUUGCUUGGUAGGAUUAUGAAAAUGUCAAAGCCUUACUGAUUAUGGACACAAAGGUUACACAGCAUGGUUUGGCCCAUUUUGCCCUCUUUGUAGAUUAAGUCAAAAUUUGUUUUUCUUUCAAAUACCAAUAAAUAAGAUAUGUUCUA